AUGGCACCUUCGAAUCUACCAGAGGCUAUACCAGCCAAGAUAUCUCUCGCCAAUCUUCAGAAUUGCUUUGCCAAUCUGCCGCCUUUUCUGUGUGCUUCGCUUGAUAGUCUGAAUACGCCGUCGCAAAAUGUCUUGAUCGAACUUUCGUAUGAUGAUUCCACUUCGGCUGGCGUAUCCGAGUCACCGGACUAUGUGAAAUCAAGAUCCGUCUUUCUUGGAUGGACAGGGCUGCAGAGCCGACAGAGAUCUCACCCAUCAGAGGAACAACAAAGGUUGGGGAGUGAAAGAAACCGCCCGAAUGCUAGAGAACCAUUUUGGGUGGACAUUGAUGCCGCAUUCGCUCAGACCUUGGGGCUUUCUGAAGGACAAGAGACCAAAAUCACAUUGCAUUUGGAAAGUCCCUCGGUUAGCGCCAUCAAUAUCGAGCCUCUUACGCCGGAGGACUGGGAGAUUAUCGAGCUUCACGCCAGCUUCUUGGAGUUGAAUUUGAUCAGACAAGUUCGCGCUUUGCCUAAUCCAGGUUACCAUCGCUCCGAUGGUGUUCGCCAUUCAGAUCAUCCAAUCACUCUCCAUCUAACCCCAACAACAACAGCAAAUAUCAGGGUCGUUUCUCUCCAACCCGAAACAGACUCACCAUAUGCUGAGCUGGACCCCAAUGCAGAAGUCAUUAUUGCACCAAAAUCAAGACAGGGGCCUUCUCGUAGUCACUCACGAGCAGGCAGCAAUGGCAGAGCUCGUGGAGCCCCCCAAAUCAAGCUAUUUCUCAGAGGAGUUAAUAGAGCACGCCGUCCAGAUUUAUUUAAUCGCCAACAAGAUGCGAAUGAGGGCCUGAAGGUCUAG